AUGGCGGAGACGCUGAAGCGGGUGCUAAGCCCCGGGAGGGCGGCCGGGCCCCGGGAGGAUACGGCCGCGGAGGUUGGGCCACCUUUGCUGCUGCUCGGCGGUCCAGGGUCCGGAAAGACAGCGCUGCUCUUCGCGGCGGCCCUGGAGGCGGCAGGGGAGGGCCGAGGCCCCGUGCUCUUCCUGACGCGGAGGCCUCUGCAAAGCCUGCCCCGCCGGACGCCUGCGGCGCUCGACCCCCUGCGGCUACAGAAGAUCCGUUUCCAGUACCCGCCCUCAACCCAAGACCUUCUUCAGCUCCUGUGCUCUGCCCAUGAGGCCCGGGGACCAGCCCCCUUCCUCCUGCUGCUCGAUGGGCUGGAGGAGUACCUCGCCGAAGACACGGAGCCCCAGGAAGCUGCCCACCUGGCUGCCCUGCUUCUGGACACAGCUGCCCACUUCAGCCACCAGGUUGGGCCUGGCCGAGGCUGUGGGCUCAUUGUGGCCCUGCAGACCCAGGAGGAAGGAGACAGUGGUGAUGCCCUGCAGCUGUCGCUUCUCCAGAGGUACUUCCCUGCCCAGUGCUGGCUGCAGCCAGUUGCACCAGGCUCAGGGCAGCGCUGCUUCAGAGCCUUCCUGGAGCCAGGCGGGCGGGGGCCCAGGGCAGAGUGGAGUGUGGCUUUCCAGCCUGAUGGAGAGAUGACCAUCGCCCCAUGGCCUCCCCAGGCUGGUGACCUCAGCUCAAACGAGGCUUCAGGCUCUGGAGGCCAGCCUUGA